AUGGUCAGACACAUGCUUGUUAAUCUCCUGCUACUCUGGUCACUUGGCCAUGACCUUUACACAACUGGAUUUGGGGAUGAUGGUCUGAAGGGCCAAUCCUGGAGUAACCAGAAUUUAUAUUCCAUCCCCCUGGAUUUGGAUGUAAGGCUGCAAAAACUUGAUCUGUCCAAUAAUUUCAUCAGACAGUUGCACACAAUUGAUUUGCUGUACUUGGAGCAGCUGGACUUAAGCAGCAACCAGCUGGAACUCAUCUCUAAAGGGGCAUUUGAAAAUCUGGCUUUGCUUGAGGAGCUGAAUUUGUCUGUAAAUGCGCUGAACAACAACCUCGAGAGAAACAGCAAAAGUCUCCAAUCUCUUGGUAGACUUAAGAGUUUGGACAUAUCAAUGAACAGUUUGGGAGAUGAAGCGGUAAAACUAUACCUACUAAACAAAUCUUCUCUCGAGAAACUUAAGAUGACUGGGAAUUAUUUAACAACACUCACACACAAAUUGUUCAAAGAGAGUCAAGAUCUGAGGAGCAUUACUAUUGAUGACAAUCUGAUAUCAACAAUUGAUGGGGGAACGUUUGAACCGCUUCGCAAACUAGAGAGCUUAAGCCUGGCCAAGAAUAACCUUGGCCAUAUCUGUGAUUUUAAAUUGCCACAAGUUAAGUGUUUGAAUCUAAGUAGAAAUUCUAUACAGUUCUUUGUUUCUGCGGCGGAUAACCAAGUGUACAAUCUUGAAAUUCUUGAUCUUAGUCAUAACAAACUACUUUAUUUCCCAAUUGUUCCCAAAUUUAACCAACUAAAGUAUCUCUAUUUACAUCAUAACAUGGUGGGCACCCUAACUUCGGAGGCAUCAAUGGUAUCAGAGGUUAAUUCUCUUUACAAUGACAUCGUAAGGAAAGGUAAUGUCAGAAUUACAAAAAACUAUCUUCAUUCAAACUGGAGACUAAUGCCAUUGAUCUACAUUGACCUUAGCAAUAACCACUUUACAUCUUUCCCUCUGGAGACUUUGAGCCUUCUCUUGAAUUUGGAAGAGCUAAAUUUCAGUUUUAACUGCAUGCAAAAUCUCACAUGGAAUGUUCGGCAUGACAGUGAAUCUGGACACUAUAGGCAACUUUAUUUCCCUUCCUUAAAGUACCUGAACAUGCAAAGUAAUGGACUCGCGUCGGUAUCGCCGCUCUUUCUACAGGCGCUCACACAGGUUGAGACGAUAAAUCUUCAAGAUAACUCAGUGAAGCCUUGUGCUCCCGUGAGCCAAAUGCAGAGCUCUAUAUCACCGCAACUUAACUUAAACUCAUCAUGUGUUGCCUUUGGAAAAUUGAGAACCCUCAAAUAUCUCAACCUUGAAGACAAUGGCAUAAAGAUUCUUCAUGCAAACACUUUCCAGAAAACCUCUUUGAUAUCCCUCAACUUAGCUAGAAAUGUCCACAUGGUCAUGCAGGUUGGUGCACUGGAGGGCGUGCAGGAAACGCUGCAGUCGUUGAUGAUGGGUGAAGUAAACAUGAACAGUUCUGACUUGUUGCUACCCUGCCUACCAGCACUAACACAUCUCAAUAUAUCCAACAACUAUCUAAAUGUCUUACCGAGCAAUUUAACUUGCUCUCCUCUGAGAGAACUCAGCAUAAAGAAUAAUAGUUUUUUGUCUUUAAACCAAUCAUUGAUUAAAGCAUUGUCAACACAUCUUCAUGCUAUGUAUAUUAGCGGGAACGACUUUAACUGUUGUGACGCCCAAUGGUUGAAAAUCCUUAAUGAGUCCAGGAUUAAGUUGCCUGACAUCAGUCAAAGCACAUGCUUUACAGGUAACACAAGAAUUCAGAUUGAUGAGUUUUUGACAAGUUCUUCGCUUUAUUGUUCCACGCACAAAAAAGGGAUUCACUCGGGACAAAUUAUUAUAGUUGUUUUGUUUGUCGUUAUAUUAAUAACUGUCUUAAUUAUGUUUGCCAGGAAAUUGUGUUGCACAAAUAAAUCACUCGUCGUGUAA